ACCUCGCGCAUGAACAACGCGAGCGAGACGACGUUCUUCAGCGUUGACACAAGCGACAUGCCCCAAAACGGGCGGCCCCAGGCGGAGGCGAUACUCCAACAUACACAAACUGCAAAGCAGCAACGCAAUGAGAGAUCAACAACCCCGAGCAAUGUGGACUUUAUUGAUCGUGGAGUACAAGCCCCUGACCCGACAGGAACCAUGCGACCAGUGUCGCAGGAUCAACAACAGGAAACGGCGACUCCUAGAGUGGAUGUUAGAUCUACGGAAGGAGAGUACCCUCGCUACCAUAAACCGGGGGGGGGGGGGGGGGGAGUAGACAAGGCUGAGGUCGAGACAGUGAUACUCAGAAUCACUUUACGAGUCUUCUUCGGUAACAACAGUCUCUCCUCGAGAAAUACGACCAACGUUUACUGCGACUUCAGAGCGCUACGAUCUCUCCGUCCCCCGACAACCCUGAGUUCCAUAUCAGAGGAGCAAGCGAGAUUCAUCAUGGAUUGGGUUACACAUCGUCUAACCAAGACGGUAGUGAGAAACCACGUAGAACCCUCGCGGCAGGGACGCGCUGUACAAUCUCCGCGAUAGAAUCAAUACGUCGUUACAGACACAGAACGGACACAACGACAGGACAAUCAAUUCGAACGGGACGCACUGGGAGAGAUGUUGCCCGUGCAGAGAAUGCUUGAUCCAAGCCACCUCGGUAGACACGAGCAUGAGACUUGCUCAACAGCACACUCCAACACCAGAAAUUAUUGCAGCCGGCCGACAAGCCUGCAUGCACGAACUGGGGUGCGGUAGAGACGAAUGACUUACCACGAGCGGAUGCUUUGCGAGGUAUGCUGGAGACACUGCGAGCAACACAUGGUUCUCGGCCG